CAUAUUCCGUUCCGCAUUUCAACAGGUUUGUGUUACAAAUGUGAAUUUAAAUUUAGUGGAUUGCGUGGAAAUAAACAGCUGUUUUUAGCUAAUUACUUAAUAAAACUCUUAAGUAAAUACUAUUUAAUGUUUACAUGUUUUGCAAAUCUUGGCACAUAUACGAAAGUCUGUUUUUCUUAAAUCAAGUUUAGAUCCAAGACCUGCCCUAAAGAUAAAAUUUAAAAUGGAACCUUGUGUAAUAGAAUUUAUUGGUGAAAACUCUUUAAUAGGUGUUAUACCAAAUUUUUCAUUUGAACCUUUGCAUUUAAUAUCGGGUAGUGUUGGCCCAUUUCGUGCCGGAAUGCCAGUUCAUGUGCCCUUGUGGCUAGCCAUACAUCUAAGAAAACAUCAGAAAUGUAGAAUUGUGCCGCCGGAGUGGAUGGAUAUACAGUUGUUGGAAGAAAUUAAGGAAGCCGAGAAGAUAUCUAAGUACUUUACGAAAAUGCCGAGUGAACAUUACAUGAUUGAAGCGCAAUUAAUAAUGAGUACUGCUCCAGACGAUGUGCCACGUUGCGAAGAGCUACGUACUGUAAUUAAAGAUAUUUUCGAUAUUCGAGAAUCAAAGUUACGUACUUCAAUUGAUGCUUUCAUUAAAGGUGAGGGAACAUAUGCCAAAUUGGAUAAUUUAACUUUAUUAGAAAUACACAGCGUCCGUCCUAUACUCCCGCACUCUUUAGACCACAUAGCACGUUACCAACGUGCAGCUGUGGCUACCCAAAGAGAUACUUCUAGUUUCUUGGGUUUAAAUUCAAGCAGCAUAAAUACCAAUUCAUUUUUUACUCCAUAAUAUUUAAUGUAAUAAUAAACGCAUAGUUAAUUUUUCUAAAUUAUUUUUAUAUU